AUGCAGACGAACUACCUCUCUCUCUCGUCCCGCCGCGGUGCACCAGGCGGCAGUGCAGCAGGCGGCGCAGGUCGACCUCCAGGCGGCGGUUCAAGGGGAGGUCAACGCUAUGGCAAGCAGCCCGCCGCAUCCGCUUCCACUCGCUGCCAAAAGUGCAACCAGCUCGGCCACUACACGUUCGAGUGCACCAACCAGCGCGAGUACAAGCCCCGCCCGACCCGCACCCAGGUCCUCAAGAACCCGAAACUGCGCCCCGAGUUGACCGACGCGAGGCCGCCCUCGGCCCCCAGUGUCGAGGAGAUGCCCAAGGCCGGCACAGCUGCCGCCAUCCUCGCUGCCAACGAGGCGCGGCGACUCGCCAAACUCGGCGCCGCUUCCGGCGGCGACAAGGAGCGUGGCCGCAGCUCGAGGAGGCGCGACAGCGAGCAGGAGCGGGUCGAGCAGGAGCUACUCGCGCUCUCGCUCUCGCUCGCGGUCCGCGUCGAGGAGCGACUCGCGCUCGCGCUCGCGGUCCCGCUCUCGCUCUCGGUCGCGCUCCCGCUCGCGCUCCCCCGCGCGCACGUCGCGCAAGGCGCAGCGCGGGCGGUCGGCGAGCCGCAGCCGCACUCGCAGUCGCAGCAGGAGCGUUUCGAGGUCGAGGUCGCGCUCGCGGUCGGUCGAGCGCCGGGGCGCCAAAGGUCGGGGUCGGGGUCGGGGCGCGAGCGCGAGCGCGAGCAGGUCGAGGAGCGCGAGCGCGAGCAGGUCGAGGAGCGCGAGCGCGAGCGGGUCGAGGAGCAGGAGCGGCGGGUGCGGCGGGCCGAGGCCGAGGACGAGGUCGACGUCGAGGAGCGCAAGGACAAGGGCAAAGGCAAGGGGCGCGCGGCGGUCGAGGACGACAGGUAGGUAGGUCCCCACUUCGCGCGCGUCGUGAAAACGCAUCGCCGGACUGUUGAGUGCGCUUUCCUUCUC